AUGGUGAACACUCCUCCUUCCAUGGGUGACCCAGGAUUUUCUAAACCUUCGACUGUCACGCCAGAAUAUGGCAACUUUCCCAGAGAUGCAGCUGCUUCACAACAGUCCACUCUCUCGCCGGCGGCAAGAGACGGUGACAAUUGGGGUAUAAAUCGUGAAUUCGACUUCAAACGCACUGACAGCAUUGGAUAUCCCAAUGCAGCAGAGACGAUGAUGGACUACAGACAUCCCAUGCCGGUACAAAACAUACCUUACACUGAAAGCCCGUCGUUCGCAGGAAAACCCGCUGACACACCGACAUCAUUGAUGUCGUUUGACACCACCCUUGACACCCCGGGAGACGGCACUACCAUGAGCCACGGGCUCACUUUCCACGGUACAAACCUUCCAGCAGUCGGGGGGAUAAUGCCCCAUCAUCCCCAAACUGUGUCGUUUUCCGGCAACGAAGUAUGGCCUCCAAUGCAACACAAUGUCGAUCCCUGGCGCCCCCAAUGGGGCGCCGACCCGGCAUGGAAUACGCAGGAGGAUCUAUACAGCGGUUGGCACGAUUUACCAAGCUUGAGUGCUCCGGCGAUGGAUCCCAGAUCUUCUUCGCAGCCAUACACCCAUCUCUCCACGAGUCCAGGAUUCGCGCCCCUCAUGGGGUUCCCCAAUCACAAGAGCCCUACCUCAUUUUCCGGCGAUCUCGGCCUGUCAAACCCCCAGACAUCCACUGCAUACCAAGCAUCGCAAUAUCAUGCAUAUGACGUGCAAGCACCAGUACCAGCACCAGCGGCAGCAUCAGCAUCACCACUAACACCCAUGUCGUUGGCUUAUAUGAGUAACAUGGCCUCUCAAGGCUGGACAGACCAAGAAACUCUCACCUCGAUUCACGAAAGCAACAUCUCUACCCCAGAGCCACUCGUUCGUCUGACGAGUCGCCAAUGUAGCAAUGCAUUCCUCGUGGAAUGCAAGCGCAAAGGUCUCUCCUACAAGGACAUAAAGCGGAUGGGGGGGAUUUAG